AUGAGAAGCAGUAGCCGGUCGCCGCCAGAGCACUGGGAGGACGUGGCCAAGGUCGGUGGGCUCAUCGCCGCCGGUCGCUUCGGCCACCUCGUCUGCGCCCGCGUCCCGCUCGAUGCCAGCUACACUGUGGACCGUGACGAGAGCUGGACGCCACUCGAUCUGCUCGAUACGUGCUACGACCAAGGCCUCUCGGUGCACAUGGUCAUCGAUCUCACGAACACGUACAAGUACUACAGCGGCGCGAGCGAGCUCGAGACGCGCAACGUCGAGUACGUCAAGAUGCGCGUCGAGGGCUUCGCCGACGUCCCGUCCGAAGACGUCGUCCACAGCUUCAUUGACGUCGUGUCGCGAUGGGAAGCCUCCUUGGCGCAGUAUGCACCGGACGACGACUUAACGCCCGUCGCUGUCGUGCACUGCACGCAUGGCCUCAACCGCACGGGUUACCUCGUCGUGCGCUACCUCAUGGCGACCCAAGGCCUCUCGGUCAAAGACGCUCUCCGCACGUUUGCGGCCGCGCGCCCGCCCGGUCUCAUCAAGCACAUGUACGUCCAGAAGCUCUUUGAGAUGUUCGAUCAAGUCGACGAGCUCGAGCUGCCCGUGCUGCCGUCGUGGGCGAUGACCAAGUACGACCGGUCCCAAGAUCAACUCGCCAGCGCCGAUGUCUUUAAAGCCACCGAAGACGACCGCGACUUGCACGAGAAGGUCGUCCAAGACAUGGAAACGCGCCGCAACGACCGGCGCAGUCCGCCAAAGCUGCGGCGGAUGCCGGAAAACUGGCGCAACGCACCAAAGAUCGGAACGCGCAUCGCCAACACCAACUUGGUUGCGAUGCGAACGCUGCUCAGCGACGACUAUAGCGUGCCGCCCAGCGAGACGUGGACGCCCGAGGUGUUUGUGGCGACCACAGCGGCCGCUGGCCUCAACGUGCAGCUCGUGAUCGACCUCACGAAUACGACCAAGUACUACGACGCGAUUCCUGGCAUCCGCCGCGAGAAGCUCGUCUGCGAAGGCUUCCACGCCGCGCCGACGGCCGCGAUCGUCGACGCGUUCAUUGCGCUCGUCACGACGUUCGAUGACACGUCCUCGUCAUCGCCUGGCCAUCGCCGUGCACUGCACACACGGCUUGAACCGCACGGGGGUCUCUCGCUUGUCGACGCGCUGGCCGCGUUUGCCGAUGCGCGGCCGCCCGGGCUCCUCAAGCCCUUGUACAUUGAAGUGCUCUUUAAGACGUAUGCACCCAACGACGUGGUGACGUAUCCCACGUCACUGCCGGCAUGGGCCCUCGCCAAGUACAGCAAGGACAGUCGUUCGAGGAAGACGAGCAAGAAGACCAAGAACACACACGUGACCAAGGAGAUGCAUGAUGCGCGCAAGCCGCCGCCGAUGCAGUGGUUGCACAUCCCGAACGCCGGUGCGCCGAUCACGUCGCGAAGCCAUGUGACCUUCCUGCCGCUCAAGACGAUGCUGGACGCACGCUACGAUAUUGCACUUGACGACGACUGGACACCGCGUGCGUUUGAAGCCUGGAAUGCAACCCACGGUCACCUCGAUGCUAUCAUUUCGAUGGACGGCCCCGGCUACUUUUACGAUCCGGCGCAGCUCUCGGUGCCGGUGUUCCACGUCCGACUCCUCAGCAAGUCGUCUCCACACCCGCCCCUCAUUGCGAGCUUCUACGACGCGAUCGCUGCGAUCCAAGCGCAAAAAGAGACGACGAGUGUGCGCAUCGGUCUCCAAUGCGGCACCAUGUCCCGCGCGGCGUUCUUCCUCUUGCACCACCUCAUGACGCAAGACAAGCUAUCGCUUCACGACGCGAUGGCCAUCUACACGGACGCGUAUCCGCCAGGCCCGCUCCUCCGAAGUCUGCUCCGGGACCUGCGCAAGCUCGAUGGCGACAACGCACGUCCCGCGCCCAAGAAGGUGGUGUUUGAGAGCGACGAGUCGGAUGUUGACGAGCCUUUCGGCAGCCAUGUCGAGACGGACCAGCCCUCGAGCUAA